GGCGGGCAUAAAGCCAACUGAUCGGGAGAGAGAGAGCGAGUGGAGGAGGCGAGAGACGAGCGAGGAAAGCGCAGCAGCCCGUUCAGUGGGAAGAUGGCGACCCCCGCCGAGUGGGCCUCGCUGUGCGAGAAGUUCCGCAGCGCCGUCAACCUCUCCUACGUGGAGUCCAAGAAAGACCCGGAGACGGAGCCGUACCGCUCCAAGUACAGCGCCCGGGAGCUGCUGGAAGGCAUCAAGCAGCAGCUGGGCUCCGAGGAGGCGGAAGGCAGCCCGGGAGGCGCCGGCGGAGGCGCGGCCGGGGCCGACGAGCGGGAGCGGCAGCGCGCCGUGGCGCUGGCCGCCGUGGAGUACGAGCUCGGGGUGAACCACACCGACACGCAGGAGUACUCGGCCGGCGAGGAGCACCUGGUGAAGUGCGCGCAGCUGCUGGAGCCUCACCGCCUCUCCCGGGAGUGCGUCUCCCUCUACAUCCAGGCCCAGAAUAACCUGGGCAUCCUGUGGUCAGAAAGAGAUAACAUUAAAACAGCUCAGACUUACUUGGAAUCUGCAGAGGCUUUAUAUAAUCAGUACAUGAAAGAGAAUGGGAAUCCCCCGCUUGAUUCCAGUGAACAUUUUAUGGAUGAAGAAGAGAAACUUACUGACCAAGAAAGAUCAAAAAGAUUUGAGAAAGUCUAUACUCAUACGUUAUAUUAUCUGGCCCAAGUCUACCAGCACCUGGAGAUGAUUGAGAAGGCUGCACAGUAUUGCCAUACCACCCUUAAACGGCAGCUUGAAUAUAGUGGCUACUAUCCAGUAGAAUGGGCUCUCAAUGCAGCUACUUUGUCUCAGUAUUAUCUCACAAAGCAAUGUUUCAUGGAGUCCAGGCAUUGUUUAGCAGCUGCCAGUGUCAUCUUUGGCCAAGCUGGACAGGUGCCAUCUGCAGAGGACAAUGAAACAGAACAAGAUCAGCAAGACCUUCGACAGAGAAGAGCUGAAAUUGCAAGGUGUUGGAUUAAGUACUGCUUGAACUUGUUGCAGGGAGCCAGGAAAUUGCUUGAGGACAACAUUGGGGAGCUGGAUCCAGACAGGCAGUCGGAGCUUAAAGCCCAGCAGAAGAAAGAGGAGGAUGAGAAGGAAGAGGACAGGAAGAAGGCUGUUCUGUUUGGAACUAGUGAUCUGUGUGACUCUAUUUUGGCCAUGGAAGAAAAAGUGAGCUGUGUGUUUCCACUAGACUUCAAAGAAGCUAGAGAAGUCUUCUUAGUGGGUCAGAAUUAUGUCAAUGAAGCAAAAGAUUUCUUUCAGGUAGAUGGGUAUGUCACUGACCACAUUGAAAUUCUUCAGGAUCACAGUGCCUUGUUCAAGGUGCUGGCAUUCUUUGAAGAAGAUUAUGAGAGGCGUUGCAAGAUGCACAAGCGCAGGAUAGAUAUGCUGGAGCCCAUAUAUGCUGGCUUAAACCCUCAGUAUUACCUUCUGCUCAGUAGGCAGCUUCAGUUUGAAUUAGCUGACACCUAUUACGAGAUGAUGGAUUUAAAAGUGGCCAUUGGAAAUAAGCUAGAGGAACUUGACUCCCACACAAUAAAGAAAAUAAAUUCUCUUGCUCAGAUGGCCAUGAAAUACUAUGAACUCUUUUUGGAUUCAUUGAGGAACCCUGAUAAGAUUUUCCCCGAGACCCUAGAGGAGGAUGUCCUGCGCCCUGCAAUGGUGGCCAAGUUCCAUAUUGCCCGCCUUUAUGGCAAGCUUAUUACUUCGGAUGGCAAGAAACAGUUGGAGAACAUGCAGACCUCGUUGGAGUAUUACUCGUUUUUGGUAGACUACUGCGAGAAGCACACAGAUGCCGUCCAGGCCAUUGAAACUGAGCUAGAGCUCAGUAGAGAGAUGGUUGGGCUUCUCCCAACAAGAAUGGAAAGGCUAAGAGCCAAGCUUUCUACUUUCACUUAAACUCCUUCCUCCCGUGGAAAUGUGCAAUAUUAACACAAUCGCUGUCCAAAGAGGCAGUUUCCCUUAUGGCAGUUGCCUUGUAGUCAUCCAACAUCUGUUGUGUGCUCCCACUGUGACAGGCAGCAUAGAACCCGUAUAAAAUGGAAAACUGUCAAGUGUAGUAAUUCUCCCACACUUCAAUAUUAAGUAUACAGUGAAUGGUCAACUGGUGCUCUGUAUUGCUUGCUCCGUACUGACAUGCACACCUUCCUGCCUUAUUUUUCUCCUUCCACUACAUGGUCCAGUUUCCAACUGUAGUGCUGCUCUCCAACUGUUUCUUCCAAAAGGGAACUUUUUGAGUACGUUGUAUUUACAGCCCAAUCCAUCCCCACAAAAUAGAGACUUAGGUAGGUGGAAUUUAUUUUCCUCAUUAACAGUCCCUGGAAAAAAACUUAACAUAUCUCUAAUUUAAUGGCGUCAUAUUUAUUUUUGUAUAUGUUAGCUGUCCUCCUUUUGAAUCCUGUUAAAUAGGAUCAAUAAACAAACAUGCCUGAUUGCA